AUGGCCGCCGCAACCCAGCCCGAUGGCUUCUUGACUCUUCCCGCCGAGCUCCAAGUCAAGGUCUACAAAUACGUUCUUGCCGCCGCUCCGAAAGCACCUGGCCCAGGUAAUCUCGCACCUUAUGCCGGUCUCCUUCUGUCGUGCAAGAAGGUUGCCUUCGACUUCGAGUACGAAUGGGCGAAACACUACAACGCGCGUCUCCAACAUAUCGUCGAGAACACUUCCUUUCACCCAUUGCCUGUCAAACGGUCAAGCACUUCAACUCCAGGCCCUGCAGUCAGGAGUCGCAUCAAGCGGAGUCUUCUCUCGGGUUGA